UUGUAUGAGGCCCGCGGUGCGGCGAUUGGGCCCGCAGCCAUAAUUAGCGAGCGGCCUAGCUACAGCAGUCGCAGUAACUCGGGCAUGGAAGGAGCAAGACAUUGCUAGAUUUGCGUCCAACGACCCCGCUUCCCCCAUCCGACCGAAAACCCGACCAGCCGGACAGCCUCUUCCGGCAGCUUCCGCGCUUUCUCCGGCAUCGCACACAUCUACUGCCUUCCCUCCCUCGCGGCCGCCGAUCUCGGUUUAAAUUGAUGGCAAAACCAAGACACUUAUUUUCUAGCCAAGACAUGUCUCCAAGAUCUUUAAGAUCUAGGGAGUGGGACAGCAUGUCGCGAUGGUCUGAGUACCUGAAUCUUGAAGAAUCUUCUCCUUCAGCUAUGAACUGGAAGAAUGUGGGUUCCGAAGCACCUCCAACUUCUGGAAAUGUCCAAAAAGCUCUGCACAUGGAAUGGGUGCUUCAGCUUUCAAAAGUUGCAGAAGGUUUAUUGACUAAAAUGUACAGGUUAAAUAAUAUCCUGGACCGCCCAGAUUUGGUUUCGCACAUGUUUUCAGAUUCAUUUUGGAAAGCUGGCAUAAUCCCCAACUUCCCAAAAAUCUGCAUACUUGUGUCAAAGAAAUUUCCGGAGCAUCCUAGCAAAUUGCAGUUGGAGCGAGUUGACAAAUCUGCUCUUGAUGCUUUAAAUGAAAAUGCAGAAGUUUAUUUUCAAAGCCUAGAACCAUGGGUCAUGCUGCUUCUUGAUUUAAUGGCAUUUCGAGAACAAGCUUUGCGGCUUAUUUUGGAUUUGAGUAGCACAGUUAUCACAUUGCUGCCCCAUCAAAAUUCUCUGAUCCUGCAUGCUUUUAUGGAUCUAUUUUGUUCAUUUGUCCGUGUUAAUCUUUUCUCUGACAAGAUACCUAGGAAAAUGAUCCUGCAAAUGUACAAUAUCCUACACAUGAUGUUAAAAGGCGGCCGAGAUUGUGAAUUUUAUCACCGAUUGGUUCAGUUUGUAGACUCUUAUGAUCCAGCAGUGAAAGGGUUGCAAGAGGACCUUAAUUUCGUCAGCCCUCGCAUUGGAGAAGUAUUGGAGGCUGUAGGUCCAACAAUUUUUCUUUCAACUGAUACAAAAAAGUUGAGAAAUGAGGGAUUUCUUAGUCCAUUUCACCCUCGUUAUCCUGACAUACUCACAAAUUCUGCUCACCCCAAGAGGGCUCAAGACUUAGCCAAUGUUACAUCAUACCGAGAAUGGGUUCUAUUUGGCUAUCUUGUCUGUCCUGAUGAACUUCUUCGUGUUACCAGUAUUGAUAUUGCAAUGGUUGUACUAAAGGAACAUUUAGUUCUCACAUUAUUCAGAGAUGAGUAUAUGCUAUUGCAUGAAGAUUAUCAGCUUUAUGUACUUCCAAGAAUAUUAGAAUCCAAGAAAAUGGCCAAAUCUGGACGUGCAAAACAAAAGGAAGCAGACCUAGAGUAUAAUGUUGCAAAGCAGGUUGAGAAAAUGAUAUGUGAGGUACAUGAACAAGCAUUGAUUUGUUGUGAUGCCAUACACCGAGAAAGGAGGAUAUUGCUAAAACAAGAGAUUGGAAGAAUGGUUCAGUUUUUUGCUGAUCAACCUAGUUUACUGGCCCCGAAUAUCCAGAUGGUUUUCUCUGCACUUGCUUUGGCUCAAUGUGAGAUAAUUUGGUACUUCCAACAUGUUGGUAUUGCAUCAUCAAAAUCUAAAACAGCACGGGUGAUACCUAUUGACAUUGAUGCAGCAGAUUCAACUCUUGGUUUCUUGUUAGAUGGAAUGGACAAGCUUUGCUGUUUAGUUCGCAAAUAUAUGACAGGAAUAAAGGGUUAUGCACUAUCAUAUUUAUUAUCUUGUGCUGGAAGAAUUCGAUUUUUACUUGGCACUCCGGGUAUGGUGGCUCUAGAUCUAGAUACCACCUUGAAGGGCCUCUUUCAGCAAAUUGUUCAUUGUCUUGAGAACAUACCAAAGCCUCAAGGAGAAAAUAUAUCUGCUAUUACAUGUGAUCUAUCUGAUUUGCGUAGGCACUGGUUGUCAAUUUUAAUGAUUGUCACAUCUUCAAGGUCGUCAAUAAAUAUUAGACACCUAGAGAAGGCAACAGUAUCUACCGGAAAGGAAGGUUUGUUAUCAGAAGGAAAUGCUGCAUAUAAUUGGUCCAGAUGUGUGGAUGAACUUGAGAGUCAAUUGUCAAAGCAUGGAAGCCUUAAAAGGCUAUAUUUCUAUCACCAUCAUCUUACAGCAGUCUUUAGGAAUACAAUGUUUGGGCCAGAAGGACGUCCACAGCAUUGCUGUGCAUGGCUUGGAGUAGCUAGCAGUUUUCCAGAAUGUGCCUCUGCAAUUGUCCCAGAGGAGUUGAACAAAAUAGGCAGAGAUGCGAUUUUAUAUGUUGAGUCACUUAUUGAAUCCAUCAUGGGUGGCUUGGAAGGUCUGAUUAAUAUUCUGGACUCAGAAGGUGGAUUUGGUUCUUUAGAGAUGCAGCUUGUUCCAGAGCAGGCAGCUAUUCGUUUAAGUAGUGCAGUCAAAAAUUCAACAUCCUUUCUUAAAUCGCCCAAAGGCAUAUCUGGUUUGCUAGCUCCAGGACAUGAGAGCUAUCCUGAAAAAAAUAAUUCUGUCAAAAUGUUAGAAGCUGCCAUGCAGAGGUUGACGAAUCUUUGUUCUGUUCUGAAUGACAUGGAACCAAUAUGUGUUAUGAACCAUGUUUUCGUUCUCCGAGAGUAUAUGAGAGACUGUAUCCUAGGAAACUUUAGGAGAAGACUACUUGGGGUGCUGAGAACUGAUAGUGGCCUCCAGCGUCCAUCCAUCAUUGAAUUGCUUUUAAGAAGACAUGUCAGCAUCAUCCACCUAGCAGAGCAGCACAUUAGCAUGGACCUUACUGAAGGCAUUCGAGAAGUUCUAUUAACUGAGAGCUUCACUGGGCCUGUUUCCAAUUUGCAGAUGUUUGAAGAACCUGCAGACGUACAGACUGGAUCUGCUGUGGAGAUCAUUGGCAAUUGGUAUAGUGAGAACAUUGUUAAGGAUAUAUCUGGUGCUGGAGUUGUGUUUAUGACAACCCAUAAUUGCUUCAAGAGCUCACAACCAAUAGGUGGAUAUUCAGCAGAGUCGUUUACUGAUAUAAGAGAACUCACAGCCUUUCUUCGUAUUUUUGGUGGUUAUGGAUUUGACAGAAUUGACAGGAUGGUAAAAGAACAAACAGCUGCACUAUUAAACUGUAUUGAUACCGCAUUGCGGUCAAACCGUGAAGCCCUAGAGGGUUUUGCUGGAAGCAUAAAUUCUGGUGACCGGAUUGAAAGAGAAGCAAAUCUAAAGCAAAUUCUGGAUAUGGAAACACUGAUUGGAUUUUGCAUUCAGGCUGGGCAGGCAAUAGCUUUUCGCAAGUUGCUUGUGGAUGCUGCUGGAGCAGUGCUGGAAGAAAAAGCACCUCUCAUUGUGUCAUUACUGCAUGGAGUAGCGAAGCAGUUACCAGAUGAGAUACCUGACAAAGAUGGGAUUUUAAGGUUGAGAAGGGUUGCAAAUAGUAUCGGUGUGAUUGGUGAACAUGAUACAGACUGGAUACAUUCAAUUAUGGUGGAAGCAGGUGCUGCAAAUGAUAGUUCUUGGAGCUUGCUUCCAUAUCUUUUUGCUUCAUUCAUGAUGUCUAAUAUCUGGAGUAUGACUACAUACAACAUUGAGACUGGAGGAUUCAAUAACAACAUACACUGCUUAGCAAGGUGUAUCAAUGCUGUGAUUGGAGGAAGUGAGUAUGUCAGGUCGGAAAGAGAAGAACAGCAAAGGCAAUCUCUUUCAAAUGGACAUACCCAUGAGAUGCAAGAGCCUGAAAUACUAGGCCAUGUGGCUGUUGAAGCAAAUAUAAAAUCUGCCAUGCAACUCUAUGUUAAAUGUUCUGCAGCUGUUGUACUGGAUUCAUGGAGUGAUUAUAGCAGGUCAUGCAUUGUGCCAAAGCUGAUAUUUUUGGAUCAGCUCUGUGAGCUCUCCUCUUAUCUACCAAGAAGCACCCUUGAAAUCCACAUACCUUAUACCAUUCUCUGCUCAAUAUAUCGGCAGCACUAUGGGAAUUCAUCAUCCAUGAUUACUGAACUUCUAGGGCCAUCACCAAGACAGUCACCGGCAAUCUCUCUUAUGCAUGCAUCCCCUGCUGUCAGGCAGAACCGAGGUGAUUUGACACCUCAGACUAAUGCAUAUGACUCCAGUUAUUUCAUUGCAUCGACACAACGGCAGGAGGAAGGUUAUGGUGCAGAAAGUGUGAGGCUGAAGACUGGGGAGAAGCAACAGCAUAAUUUGAGAAGUUCAGGACCAUUAGAAUACAGUUCGAGCCGGAAAGUAAAGUUUGUGGAGGGAUCGAGUUCUGGGGGCCAGGGACCUAGCCCAUUGCCAAGAUUUGCUGUGUCAAGAUCUGGUCCUCUAUCGUACAAGUAG